UUGUGAAGGCCGGUAAAACCGUUUGCUCCACCUGAUCGAGAUUCGAAAAAACCCUACAACAGUUGAGUUUCAUCAUGGAAGGAGGAGGUCGAACGAAGAGCUCCCCGCUUUCGAAGCCUCCAAAGUUCUGUGUGUAUCAGAACCCAACUCUUUCGGCUGCUCUCACCGCCAACAGUCUCCGCCCUGCUAAAACAACCUUUCUUUGCAUCUUCUUUGUCUCCAUUGCAUCGGCAUUCUCUCUUCUCGGCUUUGUUUCCAGGGAAGAUGGCUUCAUCAACAAUCUGGUUCUCGGACAUAUUUCCCACACUACAGCAUAUUUGCUUACCAAAGCAAUGCAGAUUGUGGUGGGGCUGGUGUUCCUGGGAACUCUGUCUGCUCUUAUCAGAGCCUUUUCCUUGCGGAGAGCGAGGAAUAUUGCUAACGUCUUGGUUUCUUCUCCUUCUAAGGGAGCAAAAGAGCAGAGAAAUCUCACAGAGCGUCAACUAGCCCUUUUGGGAAUGAGGCCAAAACCAGGAGCUAACACAAACUCUCCGAAGAAACCUCCAAAGUCUAAACCGCAGCCAUCAACUUCUCCUUAUCAUGCCCUUGUCCCGCUUCAUCAGUCGGUCUCAAAUUCAAACAGAUCAUCCCUACCCGGAGCUGAGAAGUCAAAUACUGGCAAUGGCAGUAAGAUGGGUGCGUAUUACACCUCAUCAAAAUCCCCAGUGUCGUCUCCUUCGUCUCUGUAUCUAGUCCCUUCAACUCCUUUGCAGGGACCAUCUGUUCAGACGUCACCAGCUCUGGAUCGACAGGUCUCAAGUCCCUGGUCAAAGCAGAAAACCCCAAUUGCAAUGGAGAUUACCACCGAAGAAAUGCUUGAGCAGUUUUUGGCAGAUGUAGAUGAGAAACUCACAGAAUCAGCAGCAAAACUAGCAACUCCUCCUGCCACCAUUAAUAGUUUCGGCAUAGCUAGUCCUAGUAAUGUUUCGAAUUCGGCUACGAAUUCUGGAACUACAAGAAGCACACCAUUAAGACCUGUGAGGAUGUCCCCAGGUUCUCAGAAGUUCAGUACUCCCUCAAAGAAAGGAGAAGGUGACCUUCCUGUGCCUAUGUCAAUGGAAGAGUCAAUUGAUGCUUUUCAGAAUUUGGGCAUCUACCCUCAUAUCGAGCAGUGGCGGGACCGCCUCAGACAAUGGUUUUCUUCAGUUCUGCUGAAUCCACUACUUAACAAGAUUGAAACCAGUCAUAUUCAGGUGAUGCAAGCAGCUGCUAGACUUGGUAUUACAAUUACUGUCAAUCAAAUAGGAACGGAUUCACCAAGUACUGGAGCUUCUACCACGGUAUCUCCAAUUGAUGGGUCUAAAGAAUGGCAACCAGCAUUUACGCUGGAUGAAGAUGGGAUGCUUCAUCAGCUACGUGCUGCUCUUGUUCAAUCCAUCGAUGCUUCUAUGUCAAAGUUGCCUUUAGGAAAUCUGCAACAGCCUCUGCCACAGAAUUCCUUAAUCCCCGUUUUGCAGGAGUGUGUAGAUGCCAUCACUGAACACCAACGGCUUCAUGCUUUGAUGAAAGGAGAAUGGGUCAAGGGUUUGCUACCACAAACCAGUGUCCGGGCAGAUUACAUGGUUCAAAGGAUCAGAGAGCUUGCUGAAGGAACCUGCCUGAAGAAUUAUGAGUAUCUUGGAAGUGGAGAAGUAUAUGACAAAGUGAACAAAAAAUGGACUCUUGAGCUUCCAACUGAUUCUCACUUGCUGUUGUAUCUAUUUUGUGCCUUUUUGGAACACCCUAAGUGGAUGUUACAUGUUGAUCCUACACCAGAUACGAGUAGUCAGACUAGACCAUUGUUCUUGGGGCUCCUACCUCCAAAAGAAAGGUUUCCUGAGAGUGAGAAGUUUUUGGCUGUCAUAUCCAGUGUCCCCUCUGUUCUUCAUCCAGGAGCUUGUAUACUGUUUGUUGGAAAGCAAAGUCCUCCAAUAUUUGCCGUAUAUUGGGAGAAGAAGCUGCAGUUCUCACUUCAGGGAAGAACAGCACUUUGGGAUGCCAUCUUACUUCUCUGCCACAGAAUCAAAGUAGCAUAUGGAGGAGUCAUCCGGGGCAUGCAUCUUGGUUCAUCAGCUUUCAGCAUUCUCCCCAUCCUUGAUUUAGAGAAUGAAGAGUGAAGGGUCUCACCUAUUUAACACAUUCUGUUUCCUGGUUCCGCAGGCUGUUUGGUUGGCCAUCAAAAUGUAGAAAAGAA